AUGAAGACCAAGAAAGCAUCGAAUUCUGCUGGUGAAGAGGAUUCGCCUGAGGAAAUCGUCCCACACUCUGCAUGCGCCCGCUGCCAACAUAACCCAGCCAUUGAUAGGCCAGGGUUGACUCUCUUGACCUGUGAGAAGUGCAAAUCUGUCGAAUAUUGUAGCUUCAACUGCCAACUUGCCGACUGGACUGCUCACCAGGUUAUGUACUGCGUGAACCCAUCUACCAUUCCUCCAGAGCAUUUGGCAAAGCCUCACCUCGCCCCGUUCCUAAAAACGCCUCUCCCAAACCCAUUUUCUCGUUUGAGCAAAGGCAUCUGGCUACACGAUCGCCACAAGCAAGACGUGUAUACCCUCCUCAUCGACUCCUUCCGGCUCCGAGAAUCUGACGACUAUUGGUAUGCCGGCCUGACGAAGAGCGAGAGCAUCUACAACGGAAAGGAGAGCUCAUGCUCUCUAUUUCGGAUGUUCUUGGACUGGGCUGAGAUCAAGGAAUUAAUGCCCCCUUGGUGGUCGUAUAAGAAGCGUGUCGAGUGCAUAGACAUAGGUCUCGACAAGGGUUUCGACAACUUUCACGACCUUGGCGUCAUGACCAGGGACGUCGAGAUUCUAGUCGUGUACGAAAGCGCAAUGAUGCUCAUGCAGCUCCGAAUGUUCGCCGAAUCUGUUUUGGGAACAGGCCCGGCAAAAACAAACGGAAAGCUGAUGCUGCAGAAGAUGGUGGUGGUGGAAGAGGCCGCGCGAGCCUCGGCGAAGAAGUAG